AUGAGGGGGCGCUACUGGACUGAGGUUGGAGCCAUCGCUGCGCUGCUGCUGAGUGGGAUAGUUGUCAGUCAGAUCUGCGGAUCGUCCAUCGCGGUGCUGGACGGCUUCCACACCAUGUUUCUGCUGCUAAAUACUGUGUACACGUCACUGUCACAUCAGUGGCCCUCUUCCGGGUUGCACUACAGCAGCAUACGUGCACAGCCUGUGGGGGUCUUCUUGUCUUACCUGGUGCUGCUCACACUAAACACUAUUUACCUGAAUGAGAGCUGCACUGCUGUGAUAGAGCCCGCUGCAGCGCAGCGCCCCCUGCUGCUCGUGGCCGCAGGUGCAGUCAGUCUGACUCUGAAGAUGCUUCUUGUUGUCCUCCACUGGCCUCGCAGUCAGAGCAGGAGAGGAGAGCCGCCGCCAGAGCCUCACAUUGAGGUCAACCACAGGGCUGAAGAGACGGCCCAGGCUGAGCAGGGUGCAGUGCUCAACAACAACACAGAGUGUAAAGGCUCUCUGGACAAUCCAACUCUUAUCAUCAUUAACACUGAGGCUCUUGUUGAAGCCAGGACACAGCAUCAAACCAACGGAACACGUGGACAACACUCAAAUGGCGAAACUCCACCUAAAGACGAAACUCCUCCUGAAAUCAAGGGCGCACCACACAGCCUGUCUUCAUGUUUGCUCCACAUCUGUGAGACCCUCCUCACUCCAAUCCUAGUCCUGGUGUACGGCCUGUUCACGCUGAGCUUCAACUCCAAGUGUCACAACUCCAAACUGUGUCCACUUCUGAUUUAUUUGGAUCCAAUGCUAUCAUUGUUGGCUGCUGUCUUGUUAAUUUCAAAAUCAAUACCACAGGUCUUUAGAUAUGGACAGAUACUUUUACUGGGCACUCCUUGUCACCUCUCUGUGGCGGAGAUUGGAAAGAAGAUUGCGGAUGUCCAAGGAGUCAAGACGUUACAUGAGCUCCAUGUGUGGAAACUUGCAGAGGGGUUUAUAGUGGCCUCAGUCCAUGUACAAUGCUGCACUUCUUUACAGAACAGGUGUCCAGACGUGGUGCUGGAGGUCACCAAAGUGUUGCAGGGUGUGGGGGUGACCUGCAGCACUGUUCAGCCCGAGCCACUGGGAGUGGAGUACAAGCUCAACCCAAAGACUGGGCAAAGGGAGCGGGUGCAGGACGUUCCAAUCCCUGUGUACUACCCUCCGCAGUCCCAGGAUGGUCUCUGGAGUGGUGAGGGCUGGAUUUCAGGAUACAGAUAUGCAAACAAUGAUAAGAUGUCAAAUCGUUUAAAGAAGACAUGGAAACCACAGCUGUUCAAGAGAGAGCUUUACAGUGAAAUCCUUGAUCACAAAUUCACUAUUACAGUCACAGCUCGCACUCUCAACUUGAUUGAUGCAGCAUUUGGCUUCGACUUUUACAUUCUAAAGACUCCAAAAGAAGACCUCAACUCCAAGCUGGGUAUGGAUUUGAAGAGGGCAAUGUUACUACGUCUAGCGCGCAAGGAUCUUUAUCCCCAAGACUCUGUCAAGAGAGAGAAGGUUUACAAUAAGUACAAGCAGUUCGAGAUCCCUGAGGAGGAGGCAGAGUGGGUGGGCCUGAGUCUGGAAGAAGCGGUCGAAAAGCAGCGGCAGCUUGAGCACAAGGAGCCUGAACCACUUUUCAAAGCCUGUGUGGACAAACUGGUCGAGGAGCUGCAUAUUCAGAAACUGUUGGAGCCGCAUCUGACAGAGAAGAACUGA